AUGUUUAACCAGGAGCUUGUGUUGAAACAACGGGCAGAGAUACUGCAUGCACUGUGUAGCAGCGGCUCUACUGAACAUCUGGAAAGGGUACUGGACAUACUCCUGUCCCAAGGGGAGCUCAUAUGGGAGGAGUACCAGAGCAUACAAGUACAGGGUAGGGCACUGUAUACCAAUGUCAGACAGUUGCUCGACCUGGUGUACACAAAGGGUGAGGACACCUGUGAGUUCUUCCUUGCUGCUGUUAAACAGGUCCUGCCUGAGGCACAGGGAGCUGGCAUCACCUUUUCGGGAUGCUGUUCAAAUCUAGAAAAAACUGGAGAAUCUCAAUGCACAUCAAUCCAGACUCUUCUGACACAAAGAGCAAGCCUGGUCACUAAGAUACGAGCCUGCAUUGAUGGCGCUCUAGAAGCUUUGGUGGAAUCAGGACACUUCACUUCAGCAGACUGUGAUGAAGUGCUGUUACCUAUACAUACCCCCUCACAGAAGGCAAGACGUUUGCUUGACCACGUCAGAUCAAAAGGCGAGUCAGCAGCAAAAGUUUUACUACACUACAUUCAUGAAUCAGAGUCCUCACUGAACCAAGAGAAAUGGACCCUUUCCAAAGAGUUCUCAAAAUAUCGGAAGAAGCUCAGCAGUUCUGUGUCUGCCCAGUCCUGCUUUCUCAGCAGCUAUGGAGGGACCAGCCACAUGCCUCUGGAUGAGAUCUACACUGAAGGCCAACUGGAACUAGCGAAUGGCUGUGCUGAUCUCAGUGGAGCUUUAGACCUAGACAACAUAGUUAGUGCAGCAGGUACAGUGAAUGAUGAGGCAGACACGGUGCUAGUAUCUGGUGAGGCGGGGAGUGGGAAGAGCACCCUACUGCAGAGGCUCCACUUGCUUUGGGCUCGGGGGGUUGCCCUCAAAGGAUUUCUCCUACUGUUUCCAUUCAGCUGUCGCAGGUUGAACUCAGAGCAGAGGGAAUUAUCUGUCCAAGAACUGUUGUUUCAGCACUGCUGCUGGCCUGACAAGGAACAGGAAGAGAUUUUCCAGUUCAUCCUGGACCACCCACAUCUCAUCCUCUUCAGUUUCGAUGGCCUUGAUGAGCUCAAGCAGGGCUUUUCAGAUGAACACAGGGUUUGCUGCCCCACUCAGCGUGCACCUGUUCAUAUACUGUUGUUCAAUUUACUUCAAGGUUCCUUAAUGAAGGGUGUGAGAAAAGUGGUGACAAGUCGCCCAGACGCAGUAGGCCCUAUGCUGAAGAAGCACCUUCGCAAAGAGGUCCUCCUGAAAGGCUUUUCCCCUAGUGGCAUUGACUGUUUUGUCAAGAAGCAUCACAGAGACCCCACAGUGGCGGCCAAGGUUUUGGAGUCCCUACAGAUGAAUACAGCUUUGCUUGGGCUUUGUCAUAGUCCAGUCCUCUGCUGGAUUGUCUCAGAGUGCCAUAAGGAGCUGCUGGGCUGUGGAGAGGGCAGCCCACAAACCAUAACAGAUGUUUACUUAAUGAUCUUACAGCACUUCCUCCAGCACCAAAGCCCCCUGAAGAGCACCGUGGGGUUAGGUUGGCUACAGGAGCACAUAAAAGCAGUCUUGCAUCUAGGGCAGCUUGCUUUUGAGGGGAUAGGAACAUCCUGUUACAUCUUUACAGACACAGACCUGGAGACUUGUUAUGUAACUGAAAAGGAUAUCUGCAUGGGCUUUCUCAUCCUGAGCAAAGAUAUGUCCUCCACCCACAGCAAACGAUAUGAAUUCCUUCAUGUGACUAUACAGUGUUUCUUUGCUGCUCUGUUCAUUGUUUUGUCAAACAACACUGACCGCUCCACCAUCCAUAAGCUCUUUGAGCUGCAGAACAUGAAGGGGACAGGCCUGAGUAGCACAUGGUUCAUGGGCUGCAUACCCUUCAGUGACCAACAAGGGCAGGGUUUGGAGGGGGAGUCUGUGAUAGCAGAAACAUCAAAUCUGCAAAUCACAGCCACGUUUGUGUCUGGGCUACUGUCCCAGCGGCAUCGAAAUCUAUGGUUGCACUGCUGUUCCAGUGCUGUGAUGGAGAAGAAGGUCAGACAGGUGGUCAAAUGUCUCUCCAAAGGCAUGCAUAAACACUUCAAGUCUAUCCCUCAACCUGUAGAGGGGGAGAAGAAGAGCAUGCACGCAAUGCCAGGCUUUGUUUGGCUUAUCAAAUGCAUCUAUGAGAUGCAGGAGUGCAAGAUUGCUAAAGAUGCUAUGAGUAAGCUGGAGGUGGACCACCUGAAAUUGACCUACUGUAACAUUGGCCCUGUAGAAUGCACUGCACUAGCCUAUGCACUGCAGUAUUUAAGGAAACCUGUUGGCCUUCAGCUGGACUACAAUUCUGUAGGCGAUGUGGGUGUGGAGCAGCUUCUUCCUUGCAUGCAUAUUUGUAAUUCCCUACACCUCAGAAAUAAUAACAUCACAGAUGAGGGGAUUCGCAAACUGAUUGCUAAGGGUAUCCAGUGUGACAACUUCCAGAAAAUUGCGCUCUUCAACAAUAAACUAACUGAUGCUUGCACCCUGCACUUUUCUCUUCUUCUGAAGACCAAGCAGAAUUUUCUUUCUCUGAGGCUAGGCAACAACAAUAUAACAGCAGAAGGAGCAAAGCAGCUGGCAGAAGGACUGAAAUUCAACCAUUCACUGCGGUACUUAGGGCUUUGGGGCAAUAAGAUAAGUGAUACAGGAGCUGAGGCCCUUGCCAGUGCCUUAGAAGGAAGCAAAACUCUGGUGUGGCUUAGCUUGGUUGGCAAUGGUGUAGGGAGUGCAGGAGCUUAUGCCCUCGCCAAAGUGAUCGAGAGCAGCACGUCACUGGAAGAGCUUUGGUUGACAGAAAACUGCAUAACCAAGGCAGGGGUAGAAUGUCUGAUUCAAGCCCUGGAACGCAAUACUCAUGUGAAGUCAGUAUGGUUGAGAAACAAUGAUCUCAGUUGGGAAGAGGUGGAGGAGAUGACACGAUAUGAAUCAAGACUGAUCUUCUGAUUUGUGUAUUCAAGCUGAGGACUGCAUAAUGUUUUUAUUUAUUAUACUUUAUUAAAGUUUAUUUCAG